AUGACUACUCCGCAACCUCCACAAUCGUCCUCUUCGACCGCCCAAUCCCCCUCCUUAGGGGUCCGGUAUCCGCCGGUCGACCCGACAACCCAUCGCUCGGCCCGUACGUUCUCGCCUUCAGAAACCCCCAAUCCUGGGCCGCCGCCUACACCGCCACCGAGUCAAAGAUCGUCGAGCAGUGCGAGGGCGGGGCUCGGAGGGAGAAGUGCCGGAUUCCGUUUAGAGAGGCGAGGAUCGCGGUUGGGCUGCCGGAGAGGGCGAGGGCGGAGAUGGGGAAGAAGUUGGUUGGAAUUGGGGCUGGGGGAAGGGGUCGUUUUGGGUAGGGCUGUGGGGUCGUCGGUUAGCCGGUUAUUGACCGCGGUUAAUCGGCUAGCCGAGGCUCUCCCCCGGCAACCGACCGACGCCAAUACAGAGCGGUUUUCAGUUAGCCAAAAACCGGUCGGUUCGGUCGUAACCGACCGGUUAAAUGCUAACCGGAAACCGUUCUGCCAGCCCUAG